UGUAAAAGUUUAUAUAAAAAAAUGUUUAGAUGUACAUAUUGUAGAAAAUAUUUAUUUUUACCUUAUUUUGUUAGUUUUAUUUGUUAAAAUAAAUAUUGGUUGCUUUGUGUCAUUAAAUUGCAAGAAAUAAUGGCGUCGUUAAAAGUAGCAGUUAGGGUUCGCCCCUUUAAUCAAAGGGAGAUUGCUAUGGAAUCAAAACUUAUAAUAAAAAUGGACGGAAAAAAGACCAGACUAUUGAAUAAGGUUUCUUCAACACGACAACUUAAUGAUGAAAAAGAUCAAUAUAAGGACUUUACAUUUGAUUACUCAUACUGGUCACACAAUAAUACUGAUGAAAAUUUUGCAUCACAGGAACAAGUAUACUCUGACCUAGGAAAUGAUGUAGUUGAUAGUGCAUUUGAAGGCUAUAACGCUUGUGUUUUUGCUUAUGGCCAAACUGGAAGUGGUAAAACUUUUACCAUGAUGGGGACACCGGAUUGCCAGGGCUUAAUACCUAGAAUCUGCAAGAAUUUAUUCAGUCGAAUGCUCACUGGUAAAGAACAAGGUGCAAGUUAUCGUACAGAAGUAAGCUAUUUGGAAAUAUACAAUGAACGUGUAAAAGAUCUUUUGAGUACUGAUUCCGGACAUAGUUUAAAGGUUCGUGAACAUCCAAAAAGUGGUCCUUAUGUUCAAGAUUUAUCAUCACAUCUAGUUUCUGAUUAUGGAGGAAUUCAAGAGUGUAUGCUUAGAGGUAAUUCACAUAGAACAACAGCUUCCACCAAUAUGAAUGAUGUAUCAAGUAGAAGUCAUGCCAUUUUUACUGUUACAUUUGUUCAAGCUGGUUACAGUAAUGAUAUGCCAAGUGAAACCGUUUCUAAAGUACAUCUUGUUGAUUUAGCUGGAAGUGAAAGAGCUGACUCUUCUGGAGCAACUGGUCAGCGUCUAAAAGAAGGGGCUCAUAUAAAUAAAUCUUUAGUUACAUUGGGAUCUGUUAUUUCAGCUUUAGCUGAAUUAUCUUCUUCAACACAAACAUCAUCUAGCAAAUCUAAAACAUUCAUACCAUACCGAGAUUCAGUGCUUACUUGGCUGCUUAAAGACAGUCUUGGUGGUAAUUCAAAAACUAUAAUGAUUGCAGCAAUAUCACCAGCUGAUUGUAAUUAUGGAGAAACUUUGAGUACUUUAAGAUACGCUAAUAGAGCUAAGAAUAUUAUUAAUAAACCUACAAUUAAUGAAGAUCCAAAUGUUAAAUUAAUCCGAGAACUUAGAGAAGAAAUUAGUAAAUUGAAGUCUAUGAUGUCGGAUACAAGUUUGCUAUCUGAACCACAAGUAUUAGCUGCUUUGCACCAAAAGGAAGCACAGGAAAAAGUUCUUACUGAAGAAUGGACUGAAAAAUGGCGAGAAACUCAACAAAUUUUACAUGAGCAGACUGCUUUGGGACUACGCAAAGCUGGUUUGGGUGUAGUUCUGGACAGCGAUAUACCGCACAUCGAUGAUGAUUUACUCAGUACAGUUACUUUGUAUCACUUGAAGGAAGGAGAAACUUUAAUAGGAUCAGAUGAAGCAACAACAACUCAAGAUAUUGUUCUGAAUGGCCCAGAUGUUCUACCUAAUCAUUGCAGUAUUACACUGAAUAAAGGUGUUGCAGUAAUUCAUCCAAAAGAGGGUGCACAGUGCUGGCUCAAUACAGUGCUUAUAGAGAAAUCGACUAGACUAAGUCAAGGUUGUAUUUUGCUGCUAGGCCGUACGAACAUGUUUCGUUAUAACGAUCCUGUAGAAGCAGCUAAACUUAGACAAGGUGGAAGUAAAUCAAGGUUAAAUCUAUCGCGGCUUUCGCUUCUUAGCUGGUCUACAUCAGAUCUGGCUGCGUCCUCCGAGAAUUUAUUAUCUAAUGGAGAUGAAGGAGUUUUGGAACAGCAACGCUCGGAAUUACAAAAGGAAAAGAAUAGUUUUGAAAAGCAGCAAACUCAACGAGAGCUUGGUUGGAAAGAAGAACAAAAGAAAAAACUUGAAGAAUUGGAAACCGCUCAAAAACAAUUACAAUUGGUACGAGAAGAAAUGGAAUUGGCUUACAGAGCCCAAUGUAUGAAACUUGCAGAAGACUGGCAAGAUUAG